GUCUUUGGAGCAAUGGGAGGCAACCUAGGAAGGAAGCUGUUUCGGUGCCUUUCUUUGACACACACACCUUCCACCAGAACCAGAGAAAACAUAAAAGCGGUGUCAUCCUCCCCAUCUGCACCUUCUUUCCCUUCUUUAUCUCUCCGCCACCAAAUACACACUCGCUUCUGUGUUUCAGCUUCCAGCCGACUUUCGUUCAGCCAGACAACUUACUACACCUAAUAACAACCUUACAACAACCCUAAUUCAAAAUGAAGUACUCCGCUGUCGCCCUUGCCGCCUUCGUGGCCGUUGCCUCCGCCCAGGACAUCUCCAUCAUCCCCUCGUGCGCCCUCCCCUGCAUCGACAAGGCCGCGGAAUCGGUCUGCACUUCCAAGACCGACUACAAGUGCAUCUGCGAGAAGAAGGACUCUCUCGUCAGCUCUGCCACCGGCUGCGUCAUUGGCGCCUGCGGUGCGGACGUUGCCCUGAACAAGGUUCUCCCCGCCACCGAGACUUUCUGCAAGGAGGUCCUCUCCGGCGCCGGCUCUUCCGCUGCUCCCUCCAGCUCUGCCGCUGCCACCACCGCUGCCCCCGCCUCCAGCUCCGCUGCCGCUGCUCCCUCCAGCUCCGCCGCUGCCACCACCUCCGCUCCCGCUGUUGUGUCCAGCUCCGCCGCUGCCGCCACCACCCUCGCCCCCAGCUCUUCCGUCUCUGCCGCCCCCGCUCCCUCCAGCAACGGCACCGUCUCGAUGGCUCCCCCGGCCUCUUCCUCCCCCGCUGAGGCUGGCGCCGCCGUUGCCGGCUACAUCGGCAGCUUCGGUGUCGCUGCCCUUGCUGCCCUUGCUGCUUUCUAAAUUAUCCGUCCUUGAUGGGUAAUCUGUGAAAGUUGUAACGAUGGUGGGAAAGAAGAUGGAUGGAAUGAAGGUGGUUGGAUGAUACCUUACGACGAUUGGAAAUGUUGUAUGAAGUUAUUAUGUGUAUAAUGGAUAUUGUGUCGGAAACUUGAAACGUAACUAUUAACUACUGGUCCGGUGGGUAAAACAGAACCACACCUCCAUAUA